AUGAUUGAAACAACGACUGACAUUGCGCCUCAGAACCGCGAGAGAUCUCGCAGCAGAUCACGCUCUCCUCGACGUAGCCGCCGUCGUUCCUAUUCUCCAAGACGUUCCCGCUCUCGCGACAAUCGUAGAUCUCGCUCACCAAUGUCGGGAGCAGGUGCUGGCGCAGGCUCCGGUGGAUCAGCUUACGGAGGAGCACCACACAGAUCAUUCGAGGAGCGUGCUGCCGCCAGAGAGCAGAUGAUGACUAGCCUUAAGGAGUCUUCCCAACAAGACCGCCGUGUCUACGUUGGCAACCUAUCAUAUGAUGUUAAAUGGCAUCAUCUCAAAGAUUUCAUGAGAACUGCUGGGGAGGUCUUAUUUGCAGAUGUGUUAUUGCUUCCGAAUGGAAUGUCGAAGGUGGGCGCCUAUACCAUUGUAGAAUAUGCCACCAGGGAGCAAGCUCAGCAGGCAGUCAACACUCUCAGCAACCAGAAUCUUAUGGGCAGACUCGUCUAUGUUCGAGAAGAUCGUGAGGCCGAACCUCGAUUCACUGGUCCACAAACUGGGGGCCGCGGUGGCUAUGAUGGUGGUGGUGGUGGAGGACGUGGAGGGUUCGGUGGCGGAUUUGGCGGCGGCAGCAUGGGUGCUGGUGCUGGUGGCGGCGGCGGCGGUCGUCAAAUCUACGUCUCCAACCUCCCUUACACUGUAGGAUGGCAGGACUUAAAGGACUUAUUCCGUCAAGCUACUCGUAACGGCGCAGUUAUUCGCGCUGAUGUCCACGUUGGACCUGAUGGUCGUCCCAAGGGCUCUGGUAUCGUAGUUUUCGAAUCGCCCGACGACGCUCGUAACGCAAUCCAACAGUUCAACGGAUAUGACUGGCAGGGACGCCCUCUUGAAGUUCGCGAGGAUCGUUUCGCCAAUUCUGGUCCAGGCUUUGGUGGCCGAGGUGGAUUUGGAGGGGGUCGUGGUGGCUUUGGAGGUGGCUUUGGAGGCCGUGGUGGAUUCGGAGGCCGUGGUGGAUUCCAAGGUGGAUUUGGCGGAGCUCGUGGUGGUUUUGGAGGUCCUGGUUUUGGGGGUGGUGCAGGUGGCGGAGGAUAUGAGGCCGGCGCUCCAGCAGUCUCUCAAGCACCAAACGCAUUUACCGAUUUUGCUACGGCUGGUAGUGAGAGAAGCGAGAUUAUCUACGUUCGCAACCUUCCAUGGUCGACCAGCAACGAGGAUCUCGUUGAGCUUUUCACCACUAUCGGAAAGGUCGAGCAGGCCGAAAUCCAGUAUGAGCCGAAUGGUCGGUCCCGCGGUACUGGCGUUGUUCGUUUCGACUCCCCCGAGAAUGCCGAAACUGCCAUCGAAAAAUUUUCUGGCUACCAAUAUGGUGGUCGCCCACUUGGUUUGAGCUUUGUCAAGUACCAGACUCCUGGAAGCGGUGGAGAUGCCAUGGACACCGAGGCUACUAGCUUGACCCAAGACCAGAUCAUGUGA